AUGCAGCAUUACAGGUAUCAGUUUACCGAUGACGUUUUCAAUAAAAGUAGCCAUGAGGUUGAUGUAGCAGAAUCUGAUGGGAUUUAUCCAUCUCAAUACUCAAAUUCAUCACAACACUAUAUACAUCAUCAUCAACGACUUAGCUUUCAUUCACAUAAUUACAAUCGUCAUCAUCAUCAUACAGUAUGGAAAGCAAGGCAACAUACAUAUCGUGAAACUUGUAUAAAAACUAUUUAUUUAACAUGCGCUACAAUUAUCACAACAAGUUUUAUUAUUGAGUGUAUAUUAAUUCAUUUAGUAAUAUUACCAUGUCAACAUGAAUCCGGAUUUUUACCUACUAAUUGUACUUAUGUAGAAUCCAAGUUAGUAUCAUCAUCUGUUAAAUGUGAGAAUAAAUGUUCAAAGGACAGAUCCACUUUCCAGUGUGUACGUGUACUAGUUACGUAUUCUAGAUUAAAUGAAAAUUUCACAGCAAGUUUAUUUGAUAAUAUCGCAACAUAUCAAUAUUAUCAUUCACUUGGGUGUGCUACAAGUUCCUGUCAUCGUCAAAACUCUGCAAAUCAUGAAUGGGUACAGCAUUUCUGUCAACUCAUAAAACGUACCGCACGGUUCACGUGUUAUGUACAUGAAGAUCAUAUUAAUGAAGCUUUACUAAAUAAAUUUUAUGAACCGUCAACGAUGUUCAAUACUUUAUUUUGGCCAUUAUUCUUACUAUCCUUGUCCACUUUAUGUUUACUUAUCACUUGGUUUUUCGAUAGAUGUCAUGUAUGGCAUGAUGAGAAGACAGUCAUUGCGUAAUAUUGGAUGAAAGUAACUUUUUCAUUUUUUCCAAUGUAAUGUAAAUAUGGCUGAUGAGCAAUGUUUAAUGUAAUAAGUAGUGUGAUGCUGAACUGUUUGGCAGCUAACAUUAUGUUAGAAUCAAGCAACGUAGAAGGAAUAAAAAAUGAUUAUUUUGGUUCUCUACAUUGUGACCACCACCAAUAAAACUGCUGAUUUGUAACGAAGAGCAUUUUUUAUCUAAAGGAGGUUGAGGAUUAUAAAAUUGUACAAAGUGAAAAGAUUUCUAUCAUAUAUUUAUCAUUUGUACUAGCCCA